AUGGCAAAGAAAAAGCGAUCCCCCAAGACUCUUACCUCCGAGACACGAGAAACGCGGACUAGCUUCACAUUCGCAUCUCUCCAUGGAGAUGUAGCGAGGGCUGUUUCCGAUCACAUUGCCUCCAUAUGGUUCAACAAGGACGACGACAGUGGAGAAAUAUGCAUCAAGGACUACUCGACCAACGUCAUGGGCAGUUUUAAAUGUAAAAAUGCGAAAUGCUCUACAAAUCGUUGGACGAGCAAAAUGGUAUCGAUUGUCAUCCGGGGUUAUCCCAAUAAUGGGUACAGCGCUACCGUUUUCAACCAGCGCUGCAAAUCUUGCAACGGGCUCGGCACUUUCACGCUUGACAGACAGUCGUACGUCGAACGGGUUGCAUACCGGCUUGAGAAAUGGGCGGGAUGCCAAGUAAAGGCGCCGUACUAUGGGGAGGGGAAGGGCCUGCCGCAUCGGGAGGAUCUCUGUGAAGGCUGUAAGCAAGGUAUUUGUUGGAGUGGCUUUUGA